UCUAAAUAAUACAUUCAAAAAUUAUAUCACGUGAUAAAUACUUAUAACGUGAAUAAUAAUGUGAUCCAAAUAACAAAAUGGAAUAAGAUAGUUCAGUUAAUCUAAAUCAUGAGAUUUAAAGAUGUCUUCAAGAAUUUAUAUCGUUUUAUUCGUUAUUAUAAUAUUAUUUGGUAAUAACGUUGUAAUUGGUUUAAACGUGACCACUCAAGAUUAUCUUCUUCUUAUUACUAAGGUUUACGACACUUAUGAAUCAUCUUCUGUGUUUUUCGUGGAUAGUGGUCGUACCAAUAACUUGCAGAUUUCUACUAUGUUACACGCGUGGUCUCGUGAAAUUUCUCGUCAAGGAAUCUUUUCAAUAAGCAUUAAUUUCUCCGAACUCAAAAAAAUGAAAUAUUAUCAAAUAUCGAGACCAUUGUUCGUUAUAAUUAUAUCGACAUGGGAAAAUCUUGAAGAAUUUUCAAAGGUAACCAAAGAAAUUGACGUUUCUCUGUACAUAUGGUUCGUGUUAUUCGUUGAAACGGCAAACAAUACUUUGGAAAAAUUUUGCAAAAAUCCUAUCGGCAAUAUCUUCAAUUUGAACUUCGAUACCGAGAUGUUGAUACUUUGCUACGACGAAAUGAUAUUAAAGGAAUGGUACUCGAUACAAGGUAACAAUACAAUAACGUCGAAUUUCGCCAUUUGGAAACCCGGAAAGGAUUUUUCCGUAAUAACAAAGAUGAGCCUUUAUAACCGAAGAAGCGAUCUUUUUGGAACAGUUUUACGUGUUGGUUGGGUCAAGGAUUCUUCUUUUAUCGGAGCAAAAGAUAAUAAGCUUAAUAUGUUACUCGGUGAAAUAGUUACGGAAUUAAGUAAAAUGAUGAAUUUUACAACCGAAAUAUUAGAUCCCGUCGAUGCUUAUGGUAGUUGGAACAAGGAAAAUGAAACCUGGACCGGUGUUAUAGGUCAAUUGAUAUCCGGGAUAGCCGAUAUAGGUGUUGCCGAAUUCACGGUUACAACUCGGAGACUCGAGGCCAUAGAUUUCACAUUGCCAUUUUUACUUUCACGAAAUCGUCUUUACAUGAAAGAACAGAGCGGUGCUUUGAUUCAGUGGUCCGCAUAUUUUAAGACUUUUAGUUUUGGAAUCUGGGCGAUGUUAAUCUUAGUGAUAACGACAACUCCCAUUUUAUUGACCUUAAUUAAGACAAAGGGUUCCUUUUCUGGAUCUCUUUUAUCUGAAAAUUAUAUUCACGUAUGGGGUAUUUAUUGUCAACAGGGAUUAGCAGAAUUUCCAACUGAACCAUCUUUACGUCUGGCUUUCAUCUCCAUCUUCGUCUCGGCUAUAAUAGUCUCGGCUGCUUAUUCGGCUUCGUUAAUUAGCUUCUUGACCGUGACCACAGAGAGUUUACCUUUUUCCAGUCUCGACGAUUUCGCCAACGCUCGCACAUACCACUUGAUCGUUUUCGGCAACAGUGCCGAUUACGACAUGUUCGCGAAUGCGAAGGAUGAGGUCAUUAUGAAAAUGAUGGAACUAAUGAAGCCGAAAAAGCAAUUACCAACCAGUUUGCACAAUGGAUUUGAUCAGGUAUGCCGAGAGAAAGUGGCAUUUUAUACGACCGAAGAAAUGAAAAAGACAAUAAAUCUUUAUCUAUCUUGUAAGAUUAAUUACAUUGAAACUGGUAGAUCGGAUAGUUUGGCAAUGACCCUGCCGAAGGGUAGUCCCUUUAAGGGUUUAAUUAAUUAUCACUUGCAAAAAUUCAUAGACAACGGUAUAAUGAAUCGUUUGAGAGGAUCGUUCAUUAUACAACCGAGUUUAUCGAGAACAAGUCACAGUGCUGUCAGUUUGUGGGAUGUCACACCAAUUUUGGCCGUACUUAGCGGCGGUACAAUAUUAGGUAUUAUCAUUCUAAUAAUAGAGAGGACCUAUCAUCAUUAUAAAAUGAAAAGGAAAUUUUCGAGAUCUAAUUUGAAAAUAUUACAAAACGGAUUAAACGUUCCAAAAUAUUCUAACGUUAACCGAAUAGAUAAGAACUAUAUCUUGGAAAAGUUGAACAGAGCGCAUAAAAUUAACGAUUUCAAAUCGUCGAUUAAUUAUUUCCCGUGAUAUAUAUAUUUUUAAUUAAAUAUAAAUAAUAGAUAUAACAUGAUA